AUGUCGAGCGUGGCGGCCGCGAGCUGCGAGGCGCCGGGCGCGGGGCCGGCGCGCGCCGAGCAGAAGCCGCUCAAGCCCUGCUGCGCCUGCCCCGAGACCAAGAAGGCCCGCGAUGUCUGCAUCAUUGAGAAGGGUGAAGAAAACUGCGGGCACCUUAUUGAAGCUCACAAGGAGUGCAUGAGAGCUCUGGGCUUCAAGAUAUGAGUGAGAUGAGCGGGACUGUGAAUGUGGUGGUGUCUGCUGUGUGACUGGUGUUCUGGAAAGCUGAAAAGUUUUACAUUAUUUCGGCAAGCCGUUUCAAAGGACAGAACAUGAAUAAAGAAUCUAUUUAUAAGAAAUAUCUAAUAUUAUACUCUCACGUGUUUGGCUUUUCCACUGUUAAUUGACUGCUGCUAUAGAAAAUAUAUUUUUUUCU